AAUUAUUUUCUUCUGCUUCGCCGCAUUUGAAUCCUUUCUCCUGCUUCGCGGCGUGCGCUAAGUAUCUGUUUUCCGUUGAUUUCGCUUUGUUCGUGCGACAAUGGCUGAAGUCAUUCCAGAACCUGCCAUUGUUUCAGAUCCAAAUCAGAUCGAAGUCAAACUGUUCAACCGCUGGAGCUUUGACGACGUUCAGCUUUCUGAUGUGUCACUGAUUGAUUACAUUGGAGUUGUGCCAUCAAAACAUGCGACAUAUGUUCCACACACCGCCGGAAGAUACUCCGUGAAGCGUUUCAGGAAAGCUCAGUGUCCUAUUGUAGAGAGACUCACCAACUCUCUCAUGAUGCACGGUAGGAACAACGGAAAGAAGCUUAUGGCUGUCAGAAUCAUCAAGCAUGCUAUGGAAAUUAUUCAUUUGCUAACUGAUCAGAACCCCAUUCAGGUUAUUGUUGAUGCUGUCGUCAACAGUGGUCCCCGUGAAGAUGCUACUCGUAUUGGUUCUGCUGGAGUUGUAAGGAGACAGGCUGUGGAUAUCUCACCUCUACGUCGUGUUAAUCAAGCCAUCUAUCUUUUAACCACUGGUGCACGUGAAGCUGCAUUCAGAAACAUCAAGUCAAUUGCUGAAUGUCUUGCUGAUGAACUUAUUAAUGCAGCAAAAGGGUCAUCCAACAGUUACGCAAUCAAGAAAAAAGAUGAAAUUGAGAGAGUUGCUAAGGCGAAUCGUUAAGCAGCUUUUUGUGGCAGCAGUGUAGGUGUGGAGGCAUCCUGAGCUUUUCAAUACGAUGCCUUUCGGACUUUUCAUUUUUCAGUAUGAAUGGUUAACUUCCAUAUUUGGAAUGCAAAUUUUUGAAAUUGUCUUUUUUCAGAAUUGAGAGCUAGUGUCUGCAUAAUUUUAUAGUAAGCCUAGUCUUGUCGUUCUAUUUCCAUACUGCAACGUCUAUUGAACUAAAAACUAAGCUUGUAACCUUCCUGGUUCUUUUUUUAGUUUGUUCUUCUUCAUAAAGUUUUUAGGUGUUGA